GGUAACUUUUCUCGGCAGCGGUCGCACCCAAUACAGUUUCUGAGGCUGCAAACCAUCUGGCGAAUCUAAUGGCUGAUUGGUCUCCAAAGACAGCUUACGUGCUGACUCAUAACCGUGGGGUGAACGUCCAUUCUACAGAAGGCCACGGAAAACCAGUGGACAUGUGUGUGGAGAACUACAACUUGACAUUCAAGAAAGUCGUGAAGUCGUCAGGUGGACACCUAACCUUGAAGCACGCACAGGAGGUGUCCUUGGCAGUGCCACUCAUCGACGCGGCAAGGCGCGUCUGCGACAAGGUCUUCAGGGCAAAGCAAACUGUCAGCCACUCCUCGCCAUCCUCAGAGGCAGACAUAAAGUCAAUGUGGCGGAAAAUCAGCGAGGGACGGGUCUACCUACCGACUCCAGGCAGGCGCUUGAUGUUCGGCAAAAAGUUUGCUGAUGUUGUCGUCAAGGGAAUGAAGCGUAUCACAUUCGACAAAUGGCUGGACAACUACCUUCACAAGGGGGAUACAGAGGAGGAGGAAGGAAACCACCUGGAUGACGACCUGGAGGUAGACCUGACUGCGCUCAUGGACGAGUAAGGGCAGCCCCGUUAUAAGGUCUGUAAUAUUCUGUUUUCUACUACUGUAUGUUCGUGAUGUCUUGGAGGGCUCCUCUUACACCACGACCCCUUCGCCUUCUUGCUCUUGCUGUCCUGCGUUGCUCUUCUGGGAACAACUGGUUGAUGGCUCCCAGAAUUUCCUCUCCCUUGUCCUCCGGUAUGCCAUUUAUCUUGUUCAGGUCGUCCAGACUAUGUAUUGACCGGCACUUGCUUUCGAUGCUGGUGAUUGUUUCCUCGGCCAUGAUAGCUUCUGGUCCAAAGAGGAGCAGUUCUGGUCUCUGAACGUACCACUCGUCCCGCAAUUCUCUAAGUUUGUCCUUCAACUCAUUCCCCAUAUGUGUGUCCUGGCGCCGUUUCUGGUAGAUGGGCCUGGGUCGUUGGUUGCCGUCAGGUUGAGGACCAGUGUAACUCAGAAAUAUAAAAGUGGAGUAGGAGGGGUCGUCAGGGUCGAUGUCAUCUUCCUCCGUAUUGCAACAUUGCUCGGGCUGGUCUUGCAUUUCCUGGCCAAGGCACUUCAGUAACUCUUCUCGGAGACAUCCUUUGUUCUGGAUGAAACCUGUCACGUCCUUUGCAGCUUUCUUCAAGUCAGCCUUGCCAUGAAAGAUGGCAGCACUGGC